AUGUGUAUUGACCACCCGUACGAUCCUCAUCAUGCAAAACUUGUACAUUUGCACUUGCAACUCCUAGAGCAUCCAAAGGUCUUCCAGAGAUGUUACAGGAACAGACCUGCUUUAGCCAUCGCUACAACGCCAGAGACUGCUAAUGAACCCAUUAAGCGACAUGGAGCUUUUGUGUGUGCAGAGAUAAAACCAGCAAGGUCGAUAGUUCCUAAGGGAGCAGAAGUAUUCCUGAAUGCUAGAGGGUCAUGUUCACUAGAACGGCCAAAAACAGAGAAAGGAAACUCAGUGAAAAGCCGAAUGACCUCACUCAGUCUCUUCCUGCAGAAUUCCUAGGAGACAGUAGACUCUGAAAAUCACUUAUCAAAACCAGACGUCAGAGAAAUAGCCAAGGCAUACCCCACAAUUCCUGUGAGAGGACACAAAAGUUCAGGCAUUUCUCAGACAACUGAAGUGGAUGUUGGCUGCCCUGCUGGGGAGGAGCUCUUUAUAUCCUACAAUGAAAUGGCCUUCGAUAGAUGA